AUGGUUUUGAAAUUAGCAGCGAUUGUCGCUUAUUUUUCAUUGAAUCUUUUAUUCUCUCAAGUUAAAACAGAUACAUGCGACACUUACAUUCAUUCACAAUAUGGUAAAGGACACUGUGUUGAUCAGAUUCAAUGCCCUAAUUCACUGUUUGUAUCGGGUCUAUGUGAGUCGCAUCCACCGAAUAUUGAAUGUUGCUUUCCGAGAAAUAGCACUGCCAACGAAGAGUUUCGUGCUGUUUGGAUUGCUACUGUCGAAAAUAUUGAUUGGCCAUCAUCUAACAUAGCUUCAACUAUUGAACAGCAAACUGAGUUGAUUCAUAUUCUACAUACAGUUCAACUUCUCAAUAUGAAUGCAGUCGUUUUUCAAGUUCGCACUUCUGGUGAUGCUUUCUAUUCAUCAACGUUAGAACCAUGGAGUUAUUAUCUCACGGCUGCACAAGGUGUUGCUCCAUCACCAUUUUGGGAUCCAUUAGCAUUCAUCAUCGAUGAAGCACAUAAACGAAAUAUUGAAGUACAUGCAUGGCUCAAUCCAUAUCGUGCUCGUACAACAGGUGCCACCUAUGAAUUGGCACCGAGUAAUAUGGCUAAAAGAUUUCCGGAAUAUGCUUAUCCAUACGCAAAAAAUAUAUGGAUGGAUCCUGGUGCGGCUGUAGUACAAGAAUUUAUUGUCAACGUUACGGAAGAUAUUGUUACUCGAUAUGCUGUUGAUGGUAUUCAUAUGGACGAUUAUUUCUAUCCAUAUAGUGAUGGCACUGAAUUUCCCGAUGCGGCUACCUAUGCUGCCUAUCAAGAACAGGGCGGCCAUUUAAAUAAAAGUGACUGGCGUCGUUCUAAUGUCAAUACUCUCAUUCAAUCGAUGUAUAUACGAAUGCAUGCUGUUCGACCGAAGGUUAAAUUUGGUAUUUCACCAUUCGGAAUAUGGAAAAGUGGUGUACCAGCUGGCAUAUCUGGUCUAUCAUCCUAUGAUGAGUUAUAUUGUGAUAGUCGAAUGUGGUUAGAAGAGGGUUUAAUUGACUAUAUGACGCCACAACUUUAUUGGCAAAUUGACCCACCAGCACAAUCCUAUCCUGUUUUACUCAACUGGUGGGUAGAACAAUCAGCGAAAGGUCGUCAUGUGUAUCCUGGUAAUGCUCUCUAUCGAGUAUCACCUAGUGUUUCUGAUUGGCCAUUGAAUGAAAUGAUUCGUCAAAUCAGUAUAACUCGGUCAAUGCGAGAUCAUCUAGCACUUGGCAAUGUCUUUUUUUCAUUGAGUGAAAUUAUGAAUAAUGUUAAAGGCAUUCAAAAUGCAUUGGCUAUACUAUAUCAAGAAAAAGCUAUUGUUCCUAAAAUGGAUUGGCUUUAA